CUCCACACCACGGCGGCAGCUGGGCAGGCAGAGGGACGGACAGACGUGGGUGUGUGGACCGCAGCCUGGGCCUCACGGGAUGGCGGCGCGGCGCGGGGAGCGUGCGGGGGCCUGGCUGGCCCUGGCCCUGGCCCUGAGCGUGAGGCCCGGCGCGGCGGUGCCGUGGCGGGACUGCACGGGCGUCGAGUGCCCGCAGCUGGAGAACUGCAUCGAGGAGGCGCUGGAGCCGGGCGCCUGCUGCGCCUCGUGCGUGCGGCAGGGCUGUGCCUGCGAGGGCUACCAGUACUACGACUGCGUGCGCGGCGGCUUCGUGGACGGCCGCGUGCCCGCCGGCCGCUCCUACUUCGUGGAUUUCGGCAGCACCGAGUGCUCCUGCCCGCCGGGGGGCGGCAGGAUCAGCUGCCAGUUCAUGCUGUGCCCUGAGCUGCCCCCCAACUGCAUCGAGGCCGUGGUGAUGGCCGACAGCUGCCCGCAGUGCGGCCAGCUGGGCUGCGUCCACGGCGGCCGCAAGUACGCCGCCGGCCACACCGCGCACCUGUCUCCGUGCCGCGCCUGCCACUGCCCGGACGCCGGGGGCGAGCUCAUCUGCUACCGGCUGCCGGGCUGCCACGGGAACAUCUCGGACACGGAGGAGGCCGACCCCGAGCGCCACUAUGAAGAGGACCCUUACAGCUACGACCAGGAGGCGGCCGAGGCGGAAUUAGGGGCGGCCCUGGCAGGCGAGGCCCAGGCAGGGGCCCCCCCAGCCGCCCUGGGAGCAGGGGCUCAGCCCCUGGCCUCCCUCCGUGCCACCAUCUGGCCGGCUGUCCCCCCCAGACCGACGGCAGCCGCUGCCCUGGGCCCCCCGGCCCCCAGGCAGGCCAAAGCCAGCAUGGCGACAGAGCGCGCUGCCGGGGAAGCAGAUGGAGGGGAGGAGGAGGAAGAGGAGGACAAGGAGGAGGAGGAGGAAGAAGAAGAGGGGGAGGAGGUGGCCACCGAGCAGCCUGUCACGAGCAGCCCCCUGGGGCCGGGCGGGCUGCCCACCACGGCCCCCCCCAGACCUGGCCUCCCCUCCCAGGAGAAAGGGGUGGAAGCCAAGGCAGGGCCCGAGGAGAACCUUAUCCCGGAAGCCCAGGCCGAGCCUAGCGGCGGUGGGCAGGAGGGCGCCAGGGCCCCGCCUGGCUCCGGCCUGGGGGCAGUUGCCCCGUCCCAGGCCUCACCCACCUCUCCCAGGGGCCCAGACGCGCCCAGCACCCACCCCACCCCAUCCGCACCAGCAUCCCCAGCUUCCCCGAUCCCACCCACCCUGGAGUUCCCCAAGGAGGAGCCCGAGCGCCCACAGGUGCUGCCCCGGCCCCAGGCAGAGGAGGACACGGACCCCAACUCCGUGCAUUCGGUCCCCAGAGGCAGCCCCGAAGGCUCCAUCAAAGACCUGAUCGAGACGUGCUGCGGGGCCGGCCAGCAGUGGGCCAUCGACAAGGACGAGUGUCUGGAGAUCCCCGAGAGCGGGCCAGAGGGUGACGCGUGCAGGACCGCCCAGAAGCACUGCUGCGUCUCCUACCUGAAGGAGAAGAGCUGCAUGGCCGGUGUCAUGGGAGCCAAGGAGGGCGAGGCCUGCGGAGCCGAGGAGGAGGACAGCUGCGGCGUCUCCCUGUACAAGCAAUGCUGUGACUGCUGUGGCCUGGGACUGAGAGUGAGGGCCGAGGGCCAGUCCUGCGAGUCCAACCCCAACCUGGGCUACCCCUGCAACCACGUCAUGCUCUCCUGCUGUGAGGGCGAAGACCCCCUCAUGGUGCCUGAGGUCCGCCAGCCUCCAGAGCCCCAGGCUGCCCCUCGGAGAGUUUCAGAGGCGGAGGUGGUGAGCCGCGAGGCCCUGACACUGGGCACAGAGGCUGAGCUGCCCAACAGCCUGCCCGGCGACGACCAGGAUGAGUGCCUGCUGCUCCCCGGAGAGCUGUGCCAGCACCUCUGCAUCAACACCGUGGGCUCCUACCGCUGUGCCUGCUUUCCUGGCUUCUCGCUGCAGGAUGAUGGCCGCUCCUGCCGUCCAGAUGGAGAACCCCGGCAGCCGGGCGUGGCGCCAGAGCCUGCACCCAGGCCAGAGCCGGCCCCCGCGGCCUCCAAUUCCAUCCCCAUGCCGGUGCCACAGCCCAACACCUGCAAAGACAACGGGCCCUGCAGGCAGGUGUGCAGAAUCAUCGGGGGCUCCGCCAUGUGCUCCUGCUUCCCGGGCUAUGCCAUUAUGGCGGACGGCGUGUCCUGUGAAGACCAAGAUGAGUGUCUGACGGGCGCUCAUGAUUGUAGCCGGCGGCAGUUCUGUGUGAACACCCUGGGAUCCUUCUACUGUGUCAACCACACAGUGCUGUGUGCCGAGGGCUUUAUCCUCAAUGUGCACAGGAAGUGCGUGGACAUCAACGAGUGUGUGACAGACCUGCACACGUGCAGCCGCGGCCAGCACUGCCUGAACACCGUGGGCUCCUUCCGCUGCUACCAGGAGCUCACCUGCGAGCCGGGCUACGAGUUCAAGGAAGGAGAGUGCUCCGACGUGGACGAGUGUGCAGCAGGCACGCACAACUGCCAGGCCGGCUUCUCGUGCCAGAACACCGAGGGCUCCUUCUACUGCCAGGCCCGCCAGCGCUGCAUGGAUGGCUUCCUGCUGGACCCCGAGGGCAACUGUGUGGACAUCAACGAGUGCGCGUCCCUCUCCGCGCCGUGCCGCCCGGGCUUCAGCUGCAUCAACACCGUGGGCUCCUACACCUGCCAGAGGAGCCCGCUGGCCUGCCGGCGGGGCUACCACGCCAGCGAGGACGGCUCCCAGUGCGUGGACGUGAACGAGUGUGAGACGGGUGUGCACCGCUGCGGGGAGGGCCAGCUGUGCCACAACCUCCCGGGCUCCUAUCGCUGCGACUGCAAGGCCGGCUUCCAGCGCGACGCCUUCGGCCGGGCCUGCGUCGACGUGAACGAGUGCUGGGCCUCGCCGGGCCGCCUGUGCCAGCACACGUGCGAGAACACGCCGGGCUCCUACCGCUGCUCCUGCGCCGCCGGCUUCGUGCUGGCCGCCGACGGCAAGCACUGCGAAGACGUGAACGAGUGCGAGAGCCAGCGCUGCAGCCAGGAGUGCGCCAACAUCUACGGCUCCUACCAGUGCUACUGCCGCCAGGGCUACCAGCUGGCGGAGGACGGGCACGCCUGCACCGACAUCGACGAGUGUGCGCAGGGCGCCGGCAUCCUGUGCACCUUCCGCUGCGUCAAUGUGCCCGGGAGCUACCAGUGCGCAUGCCCAGAGCAGGGCUACACCAUGCUGGCCAACGGCCACUCCUGCAAAGACCUGGACGAGUGUGCCCUGGGCACCCACAACUGCUCUGCGGACCAGACCUGCCACAAUCUCCAGGGCAGCUUCCGCUGCCUGCGCUUCGAGUGUCCCCCCAACUACGCCCGAGUCUCCGAGACGAAAUGCGAGCGCACCACGUGCCAGGACAUCGCCGAGUGCCAGAGCUCCCCGGCACGCAUCACCUACUACCAGCUGAACUUCCAGACGGGCCUGCCGGUGCCCGCGCACAUCUUCCGCAUCGGCCCCGCGCCGGCCUUCGUGGGCGACACCAUCUCCCUGACCAUCACCAAGGGCAACGAGGGGGCCUACUUCGGCACGCGCCGUCUCAACGCCUACACGGGCGUGGUCUCCCUGCAGCGGCCCGUGCUGGAGCCUCGGGACUUCGCCCUGGACGUGGAGAUGAGGCUGUGGCGACAGGGCUCCAUCACCACCUUCCUGGCCAAGAUGCACAUUUUCUUCACCAAGUUGGCCCCGUGAGGCACAGAGCCGGCCCGGCCCGCCCGGCCCGCCCGUGUGCUCCACCGGGGGGCGCCCGGCGCCCUUGGGGUGUGCUGUGGUUCUAGCUAACUUUG